UGUUGGGGCAAAGAAAAGUAGUAAAUGUGAACCCUGCAAGCGCUGAGGUUUCACAUUCACUUGACAAUAUUUGUCCAGCCUAGAACUCAACACAUUAUAAAAUAUAUAAUUGUAUUAUUUAAGAAUCCCACAAACUAAUUUCCAUCGAGAGCCAUCAUCAGAUCAAAGUGUAAUUUGCUUCUAUACUUUGACUUGUGAUGUAACAUUGGAAUCGUCUCCCCAUCAUUCUGAGCUGUGCUUGAUGUGUAGUGCUAAUCACGCCAGACUAAGAUGAACAUGGUAAACAUACGAACUGUAUGUUAAUAUUGAAAUAAGAAAAGUGUCUCACACUUUUAAUACAAUUUUAUAAUUUGAAGUUUGCUUCCAGUGACCAGCACCUCAUCACAGCCCUUGGUGUCUCACUUGUUUUUUUGUAUUUUUAAAGGAGCCCUAUUAUGCUCAAUUUUCAUGUUGAUAUUAGUAUUUUUGAGAGGAAAAUCACGAGUUGACAGAUAUGAUUUGAUAAUCCUAAUAAACAACAUUAUCAAAAAUAAUGUAGUGCAGUGCAGGCUCCCAAUUUCAAAAUGUUCAGUAUUAAACACUGGUAAACUUAACUUGGGCUUUUCAUUAAAUCCACUAUAAUUUAUGAGAUAUUACUAGUUAUACGGUGCAUAAAGUCUUCGGGUGCCCUUUGAGUUCCAUUGUAAUCCCUGAAUACAGUAAAAAACUCCAUCUAUAUUUGAAAAUUUCUUAUAACACACCAUACAUUGCAUACACUGCUAAACAUAUAUUAUGAUGACAUGCAAAGAGUCAUAAUGUUGUGUAAUGUAACUACAUAGCCUACAAUUUAACUCAUGUACUCUACUUUAGUACACUUUUGAGGGACUUGUCCUUGAGAAGCAAUAUAAAAAAGUAUAAUAUAUUAGGCCUAUACUUUAGAUUAAACUAUGUAAAACAAUGCUCUAGCCAAUAGAAGCGUGAGUGUUACAUAGUGAUGUCAUUAUGUUACAGAAUGAAACAGAAGUCCAAUGGAGGUGUUUCAGGCGAGGGGGUGGGGGGAGUCUGUGGGAGAGAAACUCCCUCAUUUACAUGCACAGAAACUAUCACACACUACAGGACAGAGAAACCCAAAAACCAUAAUGGGGCCUCUUUAAAGCUUGUUGACGUUAGCAUGAGUUUAAAGCACUGCCUGGAGACUCCUGUUACCAGCAACACUGGUGUUGUUUUCACCUUCAGUGUGUGUACGUGUCUUCAUGGCAGAGGGCGCUCCUGGAGACACCUGCUGUGGCUGGGAACAAGCAGAGGAGGUAGAGUAGUAUAAGUCUGCUGACUGGGAUAACUUUCCCAACCAUGCAAGAUGCAGUCAUCAAACUUCACAGAUGUUAAGACCCAAAUGAAGGUUGGGCGGGGUCUGAGCUAUGGAGGCAAAGCAGACAAAGUUUUCGGUCCAUUUAAAAAAGAUAUACCAAUAAUAUUUCCCAGAGCCAAAGGUGAAUGAUUUCUAUUUUUAUUUAUCCAGUAAACAUAAAACAUUUAUUUUAAAUAUCUUUAAAAAACAUAUACUGAUAGAGAAAAACUCUUUAAAGCCUCACACAGACAUGUUUUGUAAAUGUAUUUCCAACUUGUAAUAAAGAGGGUAAUGCAAACCACUAAUUUGGAAAUGACCCACCCAUCCUCUGAGUGUAGAGUCAAACACCCUUUUCCCUCCAUGCCCCUGCAGCUGGCACUGACACACUCCCGCUAUAUGAACUACUUUAACACCCUGUUUACCAAAAGACCCCCCUCACAACUAUUUCAAAGUGGGCUGCAUCUGGGUAUGUGUGGUGCCUUCAGAGCAACAGGUUCCUGGCUGUCAUGUCUGAAACCGUGACUUGUAUCAGUGGCCUGGGACCGGCUGGUGGGAGGGAUCUGACCAGAGGCCUACUCAUCUUCCAAACAUCGCCACUGGAUCCUGAAAUAGCCCCACAGAGAGUAUAAAGAGCCCGCAGGGAGGCCUCUUGAUGUGAAGGACGACACAGAAGAAGCACUACUUGAUCUUCCUGCAGCACAACCUCUGAGCUCUUUUCAGAUAAUCUGCUUGGAUUUUUAAAACUUGAAAAUAUUGUUGGAUUUUCACCAGUUUUUAAGCAAAAGUGAAAUCAGCUGCUCAGGAUGAAGUACUUCCAGUGCCCCGUUGACUCCCAGACCAGAGGAAACAAGGCCUACACCCAGCAGGAGUGUGGGGUCCCACUCUGCAAGAGCUCUCAAACUCUGAAGCAAAUCCGCAGUGUGCACUUCCCCAAUGAUGUUAUUUUCCAGGACUAUGUUCGCCACGGAGAGCUGGAGAGGAUUGGACUUUUCAUGCGAGCCAGAAGAGUCAGUCUGGACACCAUCUACCACUCUGGCAUGGCCGCAAUGCAUGAGGCCGUCCUGACGGGGAACCUGGAGUGUGUGAAGCUGCUGGUGAAGCACGGAGCAGAUAUCCACCAGCGGGACGAGGAGGGCUGGACCCCCCUGCACAUGGCCUGCAGCGACGGCUUCCCACACAUUGCACGCUACCUUCUCUCGCUGGGGGCCGACAUAGAGCUGGUGAACGAAUGCGGGGAGAAGCCGGCAGACCUCAUCGAGCGGGACAACAAGGAGCUGCUGGAGCUCUUCUGCCUGGCUGUCAAUGACUGAGAACACGUGGCUUUUAAAGACACACACUCCUCUGGAAUCUACUGUCCAGGCACUGUCCUGCAGGGAUGGACAGAACACGUGACGUCAGUGCAGCACACUGGUGUUGUGCGCUGACUCAGCUCUGGAGGUCAAAGACUGGAUGUGAGGCAGAGGAUGGGCUGGUGGCUAGGGAGGGGACUUUAGCUGGUGGGGGCUGCCCCCUGUCUCCAGCAGCACAGAGAUCCUGUAAGAGCUUCCCGUCGUUUUAUACCAUAAUGAACUCGAUUCAUUUUUUGUGUGUUUUGUUUCCGACACUUGAAUUAGGGUUUCUGAAUGAAAUAGUUACAUUGUCAGCUCAUUAGCACUCCGAAAGCUAACAUUAGCUUCUGUUGACUGCCUCUAGAAUGUGGUAAUCUAAUUUCUAAACCCACAGUGACUUGUUACUUAUGGUCACUUUCAGACUUAGUAGUUGUUUGUACUGUAAAUUAGUUUUUUAUACUUUUUAAAAUACAUUUUAUCAAAAAAGUGUGUCUGCCAUUUCCUCUGCUCCCAGCUGUGUGUCACAAAUACUGUCACACUGUUGUUUGCCAUAAACAUCAUGGUAUAGUUUGUCGAAAAAUAGAGAAAAAAACAACAAAUCGAAAUCAUUUGAGUAAACUUCAUAUGUUGAAAAUAACAAUCAAUAAAACAUAAUGUAUUGGUUAUAUCAGAAAAAAAAGACAUGGUACUACAGUAUGUUAAAAAAAAUGUAUAUUGAGUUAUUGUCGUAUGUUGAAAAAUAGUAAUUUUAUUAAGUCAAAAAUGUCCCAAUAAAUUGCAUGCUGAAAAUAUCAACAAAGAAAGGUGUAUGUCAAUAUAUAAGAAAAAAACAACAGUUUCUAACUAACAAUAUUAUGAUUCUUUUUUUCAAUACUUAACUAUGUUGAUUUCUUAUUGUCGUACUAAACUAUGUCAUUUUUUUAUACUUCCGACUAUGUUGUGUAUUUCAAUAUAUAAGAAACAAAUCAACAUAGUUUAGUACGUCGACAAAAUAAGAAAAAUCAACAUAGUUUAGUAUUGAAAAACAACAUGGUAUAUAGACUAUCGGAGAAAACGACACAGUAUAGUAUGUCUAAAAUAAAAUAUAAGUGUAGAAUUCCGAAAAUAUGAGAAAAAUAGACAUAGUAUAGUAUGUCAAAAAUAUUAGAAAAAACACCAUAGUCUGUCAAUAAUAUAAAAAUAAAAGUAUAGUAUAUCGAAAUGUUCAGAAAAAAACGAUAUUUUAUAGUAUGCUUACAUUUUCAAUAAAAAAACAACAGUGUUGAAUUAUGCAAAGAAAACAGCGUUUAUAAUAUUUCAAAAUGUUCAGAUAAAACAACAUAGUUUUAGGAUGUCGAAAAAAACAACAUACUGUACAAGUAUUGUAUGUCAAAAAUAUCAUAAAAAACAGAUAGUACAGUAUAUCGAAUAUAUUAUAAAAAAACCCACAUAGAAUGUCCAAAAGAAAAGAAAAAAAACAUAGUAUGUCGAAAGUAUACAUACGUACGUCCACAUUUAAGGAAAAUACAACAUAGUACAGUAGAAUUAAAAACAUAGUAGUGUUUGUCGAAAAUAUUUAAAACAACAACAUCGUGUCGAAAACAUGAGGGAAAAGAAAUGUCCAAAAUACAGUACGUCCAAAAUAUCCUAAAAAUCGAAAUGGUAUUGUCUGUUAAAAAUAUAAUAAAAACAGUUAUAUCAGAUUAGAUAGAUAUUUUUGAUGUAUAAUACUAUGUUUUUUGGGAUAGUUUUGACAUAUUUUAAUAUCUUGUAUUCUGAUAUUAUCUUGACAUACUAUACUUUGUCUAUUGUUCCUCAUAAUUUCGACACAGUAUGCUAUGUAUAUUUUUCUCAUUUUCGACGAACUAUACAAUCUUUUUAUUUGUUACAUCAUCGACAUACGGUGGUUGUGGUUUUACUGUAAUUUUCGACAUACUACAGUUGUUUUUCUGAUAUUUUUUAAAAAUACUUUACAAUGUUGUUUUUUUCAUAUAAUUUUGAAAUACUAUACUAUGUAUUCUUUUAAUAUAUUUUCAACAUACUAUACUCAUUUGUUUUCAGAAAAUGUUUUAGAAAUACUUUACUAUGUUGUUUUUAAUAUAUUUCAACAUAAAAUACUAUGUUGUUUUUUUAUGAUAUUUUGGACAUACUAUAGAUUUAUAAGUUGUAGUUCCAAGUACUUUUAGUUAUUUAUUUUUCUUACAAAAAGAAAAGUACAUUUUAAGAAAAAUCAUUUUGAGGGUGUCUUUUAAAAUAAA